UUCCGGCGCGCUGCGUUUCCGGUUUCGCCGCCAUUUUCGCCGCCAUUGCCCCGGGCCCGGUGCUGCCGCCAUGGGCGCUCACCUGGGCCGGCGCUACCUGUGGGACGCCGAGGCCGAGCCCGACCCGCUGCACAUGCCGUCCUUCCCCGCCGAGCUGGGCAUGCCGCUCCGCCAGCCGCGCGCCAUGGUGGCCUCGGCGGCGCAGCUGGCCCAUGGCCGCGUGUCCCCUCUCUCUCACUGUCAUUGUCCCCUCUGUGUGACAGCCAUGGUGGCCUCGGCGGCGCAGCUGGCCCAUGGCCGCGUGUCCCUGGAGCAGAGGGAUUUCUGCGGGCACCACCUGCUGCGGCUGCUGCGCUGCCAGCGCGACAACUUCCCCGUGCCAUGGGGCUGCCACGCGCUGCGCCACGCCUGGGACAGCUGCCAGCAUGAGGACUACGUGAUGCGCAUGAAGGAGUUCGAGCGUGAGCGGCGCCUGCGGCUGAGGCAACAACGGCUGCGACAGCGCGGCGGGGACAGCGGGGACAGCGAGUGACACUGUGGGGACAAGGAGUAACAACAAGUGACACCUGAAUGACACUGAGUGACACCGGGAACACUGCGGUGACACUGAGUGACACCCGCGACACCGAGUGACACUGAGUGGCACUGGGGACACCGUGGUGACACCGAGUGACACCGCAGUGACACUGAGUGACACCCGGGACACCAAGUGACACUGAGUGACACCUGAGUGGCACUGGUGACACCGAGUGACACUCAGGGGACUGAGUGACACCCAAUCACACCGAGGACACCGCGGUGACACCUGAGUGACACCUGAAUGACAUUGGCAACACCGAGUGACACCUGAGUGACACUGGCAACACCUGAGUGACAUCUGGGAUACCGAGUGACACCCAAGUGACACUGGAGACACCGAGUGACACCGAGUGACACCCCGGUGACAGUGACACGAGGCCACCCCGCGCAAUAAAGCUGUCAAGUGACAUUGAGUGACACCGAGUGACACCCCGGUGACAGUGACACGAGGCCACCCCGCGCAGUAUAGCUGUCAAGUGACACCGAGUGACACCCGAGUGACACCCCGGUGACAGUGACACGAGGCCACCCCGCGCAGUAUAGCUGUCAAGUGACACCGAGUGACACCCGAGUGACACCCCGGUGACAGUGACACGAGGCCACCCCGCGCAAUAAAGCUGUCAAGUGACA